AUGGGAUACCGACCUCAACCAAGUUAUACACAAGCACAAUGGCUCCUUGUCCUUGCUAUCAUUACCCCUCCAGAUCUGCAAAGGAGAGAGUGCAUCAAGUGUAUUCUAAACUUCAUUACAAAUAAUCAACACCUCCCAUUAUUCAAAAAUAUCAUGAAUCAUCCAUCAAAGAGGCUGGAAUCCAGACUUCCCAUAUGGAAAAUAGGAAAUCAAUCAAACUCUAGUAGCGAAAUAGGAGAGAUGAAAAGCAUCAGAGGUACGUCGUAA